CCCAAAAUUAGUAUAGUGCCCUUUUUGGUAACGAAAAAGACGUAUCCUUUAUUUUCUACUGCUUUUUUUGUAACCUUCUUUACCAUACGUACGAGCCGCCCAUGCUGACAAAGUCCAGCCCCCAUUUUAAAGAUAAUAAUAAUAACUAACCCAACUUUUACGUAAAUAUAACCUUUAAAAAACGCAUUGUCAAAUAUUACUUUUUAAUAUAAUAAAAAAUGGAUGAAACGUUAGAAGCAGGCAAAUAUGUGAUAGUUCAAAGGCAAAAAUACACAAAAGUUUAUAAACUACAGAAAAAUGGCAUUCUAGCGUUGGGUAAUAGACGAAUCGAAAUGAGCAAUGUUAUCGGCCACAGGUACUUCGACACCUUUAAAAUAGUCUUAUCCCCUGAUAAAAAGAAUUUGUACACGUUAGAAAAGACGGAAAACGUCACCAGUGCCUCAGAAUUGGAUAUAGAAGAGUCUGGAGAAGACAAUCGCAACAUAACCGACGACAGAAGUUCCCAAGCUCUUUCAAAAGAAGACAUAGACAAGUUACGUGACGAAGCCUUGGGUUCAAGUGAAAUGAUAGAAAAGCUCAUUACUAAUUCGAAAUCGUUCAAAUUGAAGACCAAAAUGAGUCAAGAAAAGUACAUUAGCAAAAAAGAAAAGAAAUAUUUCGAAUAUAUACAAAUACGAAAGCCCACAAUAAGGCUAUUGGCUGAAACAUAUUACCGUUUAGAUCCCUCUAAAGUAUUAGGUGUUAGAAUAGAUGACCUGUCACAAAUUUUGACCUAUUCCAAUGUCCAGUCUGAUGGAAACUUUUUACUAUAUGACAGUGGAACUUCAGGACUAAUUAGUGCAGCAAUCAUGAAUGCAAUUGGUGCUAACACAACAGGAAAACUUGUACAUGCUCAUCCAGGAAAUGAGUGUCAAAAAGCUGCUUUUCUUGCAAUGAAUUUCCCCAAGGAACAAGUAGAAAGGUGUAUCAAUGUUAAUCUUUACUCUGUAUUACGUUGGUAUUAUCAGGGGGAUGUACAGAAAAAUGAUGAGAGUAAAGAUGAAACAGAAGUUAAUAAUCAAACAAAAGAAGAACAACCUACUGUAGUAGAAACAUCAAAAGAUGAAGAAAAUGAAGCACCCAAGGGUAUUAAACGUACCCACAAUGAUCAAGAAAAUUCUACAAGUGGCCCCUCAGCUAAAAGGCCCUGUUGGCACUUUGAUAAUCAAAAGGCAUGUGAGAUAUUAAAGGAUAAGAUUGACGCUUUAAUAAUAGUAGCUAAAGAGCAUCCAGAAAGUAUUGUUGAAGAAUUGGUGCAGUUUUUGAAUCCCAGCAGAGCUCUGGUUGUGUUUAGUAUGAUUUCGGAACCCCUAGAAGACCUCUACGUUUAUUUAAAGAAACGUUCGGACUUUGUCAAUAUCAGAGUGACCAAUAAUUUCAUGAGAUAUUAUCAGGUACUACCUGAAAGAACUCAUCCCGAAAUUACGAUGAAUUUCGGGGGUUAUUUACUAAGUGCUACAAAAAUUAAGUUUUAAAUUAGACUAACAUGACUAUUAUUAAUUUUAUAAGGAGUUGUAAUUUCUUUUUA